AUGAACGCGCUUCUUGGCCACUUUCACAACUUCUUCCUGCCGCUGCUGCGGGGGCACGAGCAUGUCUGCCAGUGCUUCUGCGGGAGUGAACAAGCCUAUAAUGUUGUUCCAUAUCACAGAGCCAUGUCCAUAGACCGCUCCUACGGGAGCUACAUCAUGACCCAGCAGGAGAUGGAUCUGAUAGCUGGGAUAAAGUUGGGUAUCUGCAUCAGCUGGGUCUUGAUGUGGCUGGAUCCUGUUUGGCACAGGGCGCUUAACUGCUGGAGGACAAACCAGCUCACCAGUAAUUGUUUCCAUUCAUGGAUGCCAAAAUUCAGAAAUAUAAGGAACGUGUUCAGGCGUCCACAUCCUGAACCCUCGGAGGAAUCCAGCGGGAACAUGGUGCAGAUAGAGCCACAAGUUAAUGGAAGCACUUGA